AUGGCUUCCUAUAGUUCCUUCAUUUUAGCAUUUUUCAUUGCUAUUUCCAUCUCAAGCAUGGAGACUAGCCUGGCAACUCGUCAUCUUCUACAAACAACAAAUCCAACUACACCAACUCUUCCAAAACCAACAUUGCCACCUUUGCCAACAAUCCCAACUUUACCUCAAGCAAAUGUUCCAUCUUUGCCAACAAUCCCAAAACCAACUCAACCAUCAAUUACAAUCCCAACCAUUCCAACUAUUCCACAGUUCACUCUUCCACCAUUUCCUAACAUUCCUACUACAAUCCCAAUCACAAUGCCAACACUCCCCUUCUUUUCUCCACCACCUUCAAAAACCACCCCUUGA